AUGGCUUCGAAUGAGGCGCAAAAAUCGGAUAUGGGGGUGAAGUGGAAGGACGAACCUCAUGUGAUUGAGGUGCCGCCAUUAAUGCGAACCUCCAGUAAGAAGAUCUUCGCCCAUCGCACCCUCGCCACUCCCACCAAAACAUUGAGAACAAAGAGUUUCUUGUGGCUGAGGAGCAAUGUAAUCGUUCAGAAUUCCGACAAUGACCAGUAUUGCAAUCGAAAGGUUAUGGCAAUGGCCUUGAUGAGUGGAGCGCUAUUUAUCGUAGGAACCACUGCCGGAUCUGUUCAUUAUUUAGAAGCUCAACCAAAUAACAAGAUUGAUGAAACUCGUUCUUCUUGGCCCCUUAUUUUGUAUUAUAUUGCCUUUGGUAUCGGAUCUCUCUGUGGUGGCACCAUAUCUUAUAUAAGUGGCCGAAUUCGGGCUCUGUCCAUUUUCUCGUUUAUCAACCCCGUGGGAUGGUUACUGGUCGCUUGCGCUCCAUCAACAACGGUCCAAUCCUUUGGAUUUUUGUGCUGUUCUAUCAGUUGCGGUGGCUUAUUAAGCAGCUUGCAGGUGUACAUUUGUGAAAUCUCGUCCAAAAUCUCUCGGAGUUGGUUGGGUGCUUUGGGCGUGUCUAGUGCCGUUUUUGGAUAUCACCUCCAGUACCUCUUGAGUGAAAUGGAAAGCAUUUCGGCUCUGUGGUGCGGUUUGGUUCUGGCUGUGGUCUCAUCCACGGUGAUCAUGGUGUCAGUCUUUUUUCUUCCCGAAUCACCCAUUUGGCUCAUCCUCUCCAAUCGCGAAUCUGAUGCGGUUCAAGCUCUGACAUCCUUGAAAACGGACGACAGUGAUUCCAUGAGCGAGUUCCUUUUGAUCAAAACAUCCAUUCACAUGGAACGAUCCUGCCCCACAUUAUGGAAGGCCUUCAAGCGUGCCAUUGUUUUGUGCAUGUUUAUACACGGACUGGUCACUCUUGACGCCAUCCCCAUGAUGAACAAUCCUGGAGAAAUGGUCACAGGUCCUUACUCUUUGGCUGGGGCCUUGAUGUUCAUUCCCCUUAUGAAGUACAUGCCUCGUUUGAAGCUCUUGCUUUUUUGCUUGGGAGCAACCUUCCUGCGUUUAGUAUUGGUGUCCAUCUCCAAGACGUUUGAACUUUCCGACGAUGGAGAGUCGUUCUCACUCAUGUUCUUUUGCCAAGCGGCAGGUUACGUUAUUUCCACCAUUGGGCUCAUAUCGAUGCCUCUCAUCUACUCGACGGAAUUCCACUCCAGCCUUUAUCGCGACAUUCUACACGGCCUCACCAUCACCAUCACAUCUAUUUCCUUGGCCGUGUGGCAUUCCAUCAUGGGCGAGCAUUUGAUCUCCGAUCUCUUCUUAUCCUGGUUCGCCAUUGGCUUGUGCCUCUUCCUAGGCCUCUUUGUCUCCAUCUACCUUCACGAAACUCGCGACAAGCAUCUAGCUGAGUUGGAGCAAUCCAGCACUGGCCGCAAGGUCAUGGCCACUCACUACAAAACGUCUCGAGAGACUUCCACGGUGGAUCUACCUUACCCUCAUCCGAGUUUGCAAUUCACGCUUUAAUUUAGAUAUUGUCUUCGUCAAUAAAUGCCUAAGCAGUCUGUGUGUCAA